GGGUUGGGAAUUGUUUUGUUGGAGGAAGGAGAUUUCUCACUUCAGCAAUGGAACAUAAACAGCUUUGUUUGAAUGCAGAGAAAAAUCAGGCCUUUGUGGACAACAUAGCAGUCUAAUCAGCGCUGCGGGGACUUGUACAUUGAGCUGAUUACCCACCAGUUUAAUUUCUCUUUAAAGGCACUUCCUAAAAAAAAAUUAUAGUCCUUUAUUUGAGAAAUCUUGUUAUAACAUGGAAACCUUCUCCAGGCUGAAUCAUGGAAUAGAACACAGUGUUGUAACAGAACUGCCAAAAUGCACUAGAAGAUUUUACAGCACCACGCAGAGGAAGCUGGAAGAUCCUCAAGACAAAAGGAGCCGCCGAGGUUGGAAUACAGAUUCUGUGCCAAUGCAGCAGCAAACACGGAAGCCAGAAUUAUUGGAAGGAAACCUUCCUGUGUUUGUCUUUCCAACAGAACUGAUAUUUUAUGCCGAUGAUCAGUCCACACACAAGCAGGUGUUAACGCUAUAUAACCCUUACGAGUUUGCCUUAACGUUUAAAGUUUUAUGUACAUCACCCAGUAAGUACAUUGCUGCAGAAACGACCGGUGCUGUGAAACCUCAGUGCUGUGUUGAUAUUGUUAUUCGACACAAAGAUGUCCGAGCCAGUCACUUUGGGGUGGUCGACAAAUUUCGCCUUUAUGUGUUCGAACAAAGUCAGAAGAAGACGUUGGGGCGUAAAGAGGUAAUUGCCACACUUCUUCCGUCCGCAAAGGGUCAACAGCACAAAGAAGAAGAGGAGAAGAGAUUUAAGAAUGAACAUAUGGCCGAACAUGUAUUUCAUGAACAUAAACCUUAUAAGCCAGAUGUCGGAUCACCACCCUCAGGACCUAGUUUGCUGGUAGUCUUCCUGAUCAUAAUUUGCACAGCUGCACUGAUGCUGCCCACAUUGGGUGAUAUAGAAUCAAUGGUUCCCCUCUACCUCCAUCUAAGUGUGAGAAUGAAAUUAGUGGCUGCCUAUGUAUUAGGUUUAAUAACAAUGUAUCUGAGGAAGUAAAGAUUGUACUCUUCUGGGACUCUGAAUGUGUCUGUUCAAUUCAUCGUGUGGACUGCCUACUGUUUGUGUUGGGUCAACGUGCAAACGUCAGAAAGACUUAGUAGUGGUUUAAGACAAAACUGCAAAAAAUGUUUGUGUAUUACUGUAAUUGAAAGGAUGAAACAUAUUAACAGUGACUCUUGUCUGAGACAACAAAGAAUCUUUGUUUAAUGACAGCUGUGAAACGAAUCUGAAGAAAUGGCAUUUUAUAUGUACAUCUAUAAAAUACUUUUAUCGUAAAA